CAUUAUUUGUUAUUCAACGUCUGCAGGAUUUUAAAAUUUUUUUGUUUGUUUUUUUAAACUAUUUUUUGUACCUAAGUAGUCAUUAAAAUAACAAUUGUAAUAUUUAUGUGAAGUUACUUGAAAGUAUUUGGAGAUUAAUGAUUUUUUGAAAAAUAUUUUUUUUAAAUAACUAAACAGUCAGAACAUUACAAAACAUGGGUUGGCAUUAAAUAAAUCAAACAAAAUCUUUGAGUCCAAUUACAGGGAACAAAUGCAAAAACAACAAAAAUAAAACUAAUAAAAUAAAGACAAAAAUUAAGCAGUAAGGCAAAAAACACACAUCAAUAGAAGCAAAAGGGAAGUUUCAAUCUAUUUUAGAUUUAUAUUGUUUUAUUUUUGGUUCCUUAAGGAGUUUUAGUGAUUCUAGUUAUAGUUUGAAAUAUUAUUUUUUUUUUUAAUUUUUUUUUAGGGGAGGGCUUAUAUUUAUAUAUGUUAAAUUUACCAGACAGUUACCUUAAAAUACAGAUUUCUUCUCAUUUAUUUUCUAAUAGGACACUAAAUAGGAUGUUUAAUUAAAACGUUGGUAAUAGUAAGAACAUAUUUUUUAGCUGUUUAUGCAGUUUUUUCCCCAAAUAUUUGCAUUUCGGGACAAAAUUAAAACAAAUGUUGCGUUUUUUCAAUUUAUUUCUCACAAAAUGUAUUAUCAUUGUGUAUUAUUUAAUAUGACUGAUAUUAAAUCAUAAUCUUAGAAGAUAUUUAGAUGCUUUAUUAGGAGAAAAAAUAGAAUUUUGAAUCUAAAGUAAUUUUAUUUCUGUAGAUGAAUGAGAGGAAGCGGAUGAAGCUGCAGAGGGCAGCACCUUGAUUCACAAAAGCAAAACAAAAAUAAGUUAAUUAGUGAUGGUGAGACAGUUGGACCUUCACCUUCUGCUGCAGCAGCAACAUUUGUGAAGGAGACCUGAUUAAAAUGUGAUCAUGUGUUGGCCCCGCCCCCUUCAGUCUUUAAGGGCUGCCUUCAGCAGCAGCAGCCUCACAGCAGCAGCCUCCUCUUCCUCACGCAGAGAUGACAGGCGCUACGGAAACCUCCAACCAAAAAAUGGAAGCCAACGUCGUUGUUUUGGGCACAGAAAGCGUCGGAAAAUCAGCGCUUACAGUGCGCCUUUUAACCCGAAGAUUUAUAGGAGAAUAUGGAGACAUAGAGUCAAUCUACAGCCACAGUUUUCUGUCAGAAGGGAAGGAAAUCACUCUCAAUAUUUGGGAUUCACCAUAUUCUGAGGAUCUGUCCAGAGAGACGUCCCUCUUCCAUAAGAAGGUCCAGUGGGCGGAUGGCUUCGUUCUGGUCUACAGCAUCUGCGACAGGGCCAGCUUCAACGCCGCCAGCCGGCUCAUCCAGAACAUCAGGUCCACCAAAAGCCCCCACGGCGCAGAGAAACCCCCCAUCGUGCUCGUAGGCAACAAAAGGGACCUGCACCACAGACGGACGGUGCUGACCGAGGAGGGCCAGCUGCUGGCUCUCAGCACGGACUGCCUCUUCUACGAGGUGUCGGCAGCAGAGGGCUACCACGGCGUGCUGUCGGUGUUUCACGGCCUGAUGGACAGGAUCAAGGACGUGAAGCUGACCUCCAAGAGGCCUCUGAGGUUCAAGGGCAUCGUGAAAAGCAUGUCUGCGGUAUUUGCCAGGAGACGCACGGACUCGCUCUAGGAGGACAAAACGAGGUCACGUUCAACUACUAACAUCGACCGCAUGAUGGACAAACUGUGACGAGAAGAAAAAAGCCAUUAGGAACCAGAAAACCUGAACUUUAAAUAAGUCAAAGGAAAGCAGUAUUUUCAGAUGUGCACUAUUUUUCACUUUGCUGAAAAAAGCGAGAGAAGUUUCAUGUUGUUUCAUGUCAGAAUUAAAUGUUUUUUUAUGAUUCAAAAGCAGCAAGAACAACAAGGGAACAUAAAUCCAAACCAUGAAAGCCAAAGUCUGCUUCACAUGUCCAUCACUGCCUCACAGGUUCACAGUUCAAGUCAAACUUUGGAUUCUAAGAAAAGUCAAUAAAACAUCUUAAGAAAAUUGAAAAGAUUUUGGAAGGACGUAUGGGUUCAAAAUUAUUUUGUUUCAACUAUUCAGACCAAAACAUCAUUUCCUAAGGUAAUAAUCAUUCAAAAAAAUAUUGAAAACAGUUCUAAAAGUGAUGAUUUUGCAGUUGAAGAGAAGUCCAGUUAUCAUAAAUCAGAUGGGUGGAAGGACCAAAGAUUAGAAACAUGUUGAUGUCUCAGAAUCCUUCAAAAAGAAGCAUAUUUAUUUAUUUGUAUUCAUGGAAGUAAUAAAAAAAUGUGUUUUAUUUGUAGUUCCUGAAUGUAUUAUGUUGACUUCAAGUGACAACUUUCAUGAUUCUGUUUUUUUUUUUACUAUAUAAAGAAAAUUCAGACUCAUUUUGGCUUAAACUGGGCUGUCUUUUAAUAUUGCUUUUAUUUAGUCAAUUUUCCUUGUGGAAAAAAGAGAUAGUAAAGGAGUAACAGCUAAUCAUGUGUAACAGGCGGAUUUGUGCUGAGCUGCUGAAGCUGAAGAUGCCAGCUUGGAUGAAGAAAACCAAGACGUACAUGGAUCUAUUUGUCUGCAGGUGGACACAUCGGAAUGGAGAGGAGCAGGGAGCUAGUGGGUUGUUGUAGCUAACUGCUCCUGAGUCACAAUGACUGGAAUAUAGAAAUACUCAGAAAUGCAUUUUAGAGUUAUUUUUAUAGGUCUUUCGUCAUCAGAACA